AUGUCGUAUCCUCCCGUCUCAGAACCGCUGCAGCUGUACAUUUCCGGCCAGCAUGUCGCCUCCGAAAGCAGCACCACCUUCCCCGUCAUGAACCCCAUGACCGGCGAGGCCAUCUACCAGUGCGCCUCCGCUUCGCCGGCCGACUACACCACCGCCAUCGACGCGGCCUACACGGCGUACCAGUCCUGGUCGCGUUUGGGGCCGUCGGCACGCCGCAGCGUGCUGCUCAAGGCCGCCGACAUUAUCGAGUCCUACCUCGACCAGGACGCCGUCGCCAUUUUGAGCGCCGAGGUCUCGGCCACGCGCAGCUGGGUCAAGGCCAACAUGCUGAGCGCGGCCGGCGUGUUCCGCGAGAACGCCGCGCUGGCCACGCACAUCAAGGGCGAGAUCGUGCCCGCCGACCGCCCCGGCACCACCAUCUUGGUCAACCGCGAGGCCGUCGGCGUCGUCCUGGCCAUCAGCCCCUGGAACAUGCCCGUCACCCUGACGGCGCGCGCCGUCUGCUGCCCGCUGAUCUGCGGCAACGCCGUCCUGCUCAAGCCGAGCGAGUACAGCCCCAAGGCGCAGUUCCUGGUCGUGCGCGCCCUCGUCGAGGCCGGCCUGCCCCCGGGUGUGCUGCAGUUUUUGCCGACGAGCGCCGCCGACGCGCCGCGGGCGACCGCGUUUGCCAUUGCGCACCCCAAGGUGAGCCGCACCAACUUCACCGGCGGCCACCGCGUCGGCGGCAUCAUCGCGUCGCUGUCGGCCAAGCACAUCAAGAAGUGCCUGCUGGAGCUCGGCGGCAAAGCGGCCGUGCUGGUCCUGCACGACGCCGACCUGGACGCGGCCGCCGACGCCGUGGCGUUUGGCGCCAUGAGCAACAGCGGCCAGAUCUGCAUGUCGACGGAGCGCGUCCUUGUGCAUGCGUCCGUGGCAGCCGCGUUCAAGCAGAAGCUCGUGCAGCGCGUCGAGGCCCUGCGCGUCGGCAACCACCUGGACGACCCCACGGUGCAGCUGUCGGGCCUGUUCUGCGCGGCCUCGGCCAAGCGCAUUCUGGGCCUCUUGCAGGCGGCCGUCGAUGCCGGCGCCACGGCCCUGACGGGCGACCUGCAGGUCCACGGCCCCAACGGCACCAUCCUCGCGCCGCACGUCCUGGAGGGCGUGUCCGCCGACAUGGAUCUGUACCAGCAGGAAACAUUUGGCCCCGUCGUCAUUGUGAACACGUUUGCGGACGAGGCCGAUGCCGUCACGCAGGCCAACCAGACCGACUUUACGCUCUGCGGGUCCAUCUUCUCGCGCGACGUGCUGCUGGCGGCCGACCUGGCCAAGCAGGUCCGUGUCGGCAGCUGCCACAUCAACGGCCCCACGGUCUACGUCGAGGCACCGCUGCCCAACGGCGGCAUUGGCGGUGCAAGUGGCUAUGGCCGGUUUGGCGGCAUGGCCGGGGUCGAGGAGUUUACAGAGCGCCAGAUUGUACGCCUAGUCCCUGCUCCAGCCCGGGUCGCCGGCCUUCUCGCGCAGCUGCUUGCCGCGCAGCAUCAGCACCAGAAUGGUGAACGGAAAGAAGACGACGGUCAGCGCCGCAAACAGGCCAAAGGGCGCAGCAUAGCCGACCUUGGCGAUGAACGGCGUCAGGAAAAAGGGCGAAAUGUACGAAAAGAUGUUGCGGACCAGAUUGAAGAUGAGAUUGGCCUCAGCGCCCUGGCGCGGGUACGACUCCAGAAUGUACGUCUGGAUGAUGGUCGUGGCAAUCUCGAUGCCGAAAAUGUAAAUCAGCUGGCCCACGAGCGGCGUGACCCACGAGUUGCCAAACUCAAUGGCCGUGCCAAACAUGACGAGGCCGCCGGGAAUGGCCACGAGGGCCGGCCAGAUGACCUUGAGGCGGUACUCGGGGCGCCACUCCUUUCCCUGCUUGAGGGACCGGCGGGCCAAGUAGUCGAUCGACGGGCCGGCAUAGGCCUCGCCGAUGAGGGCGCCAAUCAGGCCGGACAGGCCCGACAGGCCGACGUCGAGCACGGUGAAGUGGAACUUGGCCUCGAAAAUGAGCGGAAUCUCGGCCGUGAUGCCGACGUGCAUCAUGUAGGCGACGCCGAACCAAAAGGUGCCGAGGGUGAUGGCCGGGAACCGCAGCAGGACAAACGGCCGCGAGAAGAUGAAGAAGAAGGAGUGCUUCUUGUCGCUCGUCCGCUGCGGAAUGCGGACGCCGUAGCGGUCCCAGAGCGUCGCUUUGGUUUUGCUCGCGAGACCGGCGCGCUGGCCCUGCACCUCGCGCACGUAUAUUGUUUCGGGCAAGAAGAAGACUUGCAUCACCAAGCCGACGCCCAUGAAGAUGAGCGGGAUCCACUGCGAGGCGGGCCAGCCCAGGUGCGGGUUCUCGAUAAUGGCGCCGCCGACAAGCGUGCCGAGGAACGGCGAGACGACAAUCGCGAGUGUCGAGAUGCCAAUCUUUUUGCCCUUUUCAUGGCGGAAGAACUGGCCGAGCGUCCAAAAGGCCGAACCGCCGGCACCCAGAAUCACGCGGCCUGCCAUCGCCGUGCCGUAGUUCUCGGCGCUCGUCACGAUGCCCGCGCCCACCAUGGCCAUGAUGUUGCUCAGCAGCAGGACCGGUCGGCGGCCGAUGAAGUGGCUCAGCGGACUCCACAGAAAAGGCGCCACGCCGUACAGCGCCACGGGCGUGUUGCCCAGGUAGACGGCCGUGGCUUUUGGCACGCCCAAACCCUCGGCGACGUUGACAGUGCCCGCCACGAGCGUGGUGACGGACAUGUAGCAGAUCAGGGCCAAGUAGGAAAUGGUAAACAUGGCGGCGUGCUUCUCGAACCAGGACCAGUUCAGCGGGUCGGCCGGGUCGUCCGAGGGCUGGGGCAUGAGGACGACGCCACCGCGGGUUUUGAGGUUGUUGCCGAUGGAGGUGGCAUCCUGGUCAGAAACCUUUUCAUUCGCCUCAAUGACCUCGGGACCUGUUUGUGUGAGUGUGUUGAAAAGUGUCGUAAAGAGAGACGAUUUUGGGUAUAA